GUGAGACCACGCCCAAUCAGCUGUUUCCUCAACUUCAGUCAAGUCUAAGGGAAAAACUCUCCCUCUCCCCAGACCAGUGAGUGUGUGUGUGUGAGUGAGCCGGUGCCUGACACCGCUGCGUUCUGUCCUCGGAGUUCGAUUCCUGCUAUAAUCCAGAAACACGUGGCGCCAGCAUGUCCCUGGCGGAUCUGCAGUGGUGUCCCACAAGCGUCCAGGUAACGGUGCUCCAAGCCCGAGGCCUCAGGGUGAAGGGGAAAGGCGGCACCAACGAUGCGUACGCGGUCAUGCACCUGGGCAAGGAGAAGUACCAGACCUCGGUGGUGGAGAAGAGUAUCGCUCCGGUGUGGAGGGAGGAGGCCGCGUUCGACCUGCCGCCGCUGCUGCUGCUUCACCAGGGAGGAGGUGGAGGAGCUGGAGGAGCAGGAGAGCGCGGCACGUUGCGCGUCCACGUCCUGCACCGGGCCCUGGUGGGUCCGGACAAACAGCUGGGACAGGCUGUCAUCAACCUGCUGCAGCUCAGUGACGACAAAACCCGCAGCAAGACCGAAUGGUUUAAGUUGCUGGAUAAGACGGGCAAGGCGGACAAAGACAGAGGAGAGGUUCUUGUGGACAUCCAGUUCAUGAGGAACAACAUGACCGCCAGCAUGUUCGACCUCUCUGCUGCAGGAAAGUCCCGGUCCCGACUGGGCAAGUUCAAGGACAAAGUUCGCGGCAAGAAGAAGGAAUCGGACGCUGCGUCUGGCCUGGUGCCAUCCUUCAGUCAUGUUCUGACGGACAGCGAGGGGGAGGCAAUCGGAGACGAGGAGGUGGCUGCGGGGAAGGAUGAGAAGAAGAAGAAACCUAAAAUGAAGUCUUUGUUUUCUUCCAAGUCCAACCUGCAGAAGAACAUGUCUCAGUCCAUGUCUGUUCUGCCCGUGAAGAACUCGUCGCUAAGCGGCAGCCAAUCGUCUGGACUGAAUAUGGAUUCCUCCGAGGGUAAAAAGAAGUUCAGGUUCAAGAUUCACAAACGCUCAGGCAGCUCAGACGGCAAAGAUUCCUCCUCUAGUCACCAGAAACAUGGCGCCGCAGAACAGAGUAACUUGUGCAUCAAUGGCAGCCAUGUUUACCGUGAAGAGCAACAGACUCGAACCUCUCGCAUCGGGUCAAACUUCAGUCUGGCCAGUUCAGGCCAUGGAUCCAUGGAGGACGUCCCUGAAAGCUCCCCUCCGUCUGUGGAGUCACUUCAGGCAGGGAGGCAAUAUUCCCCCUGGACAGAAGAGGAGGAAGAGGAGGAUACGGCUGAAUUAGAAAAUUUAACAGAGGACACAGAGGAACAUAGAAAGGAUGAAGAGGAAAUAACAAGGAUGGAGGAGGAGAGGAGGAGGAGAAAAGAAGAUGAAGAUGAGAGGAAACAAGAAGAAGCUCUUGAGAGACUGGCUGAGCAGAAAAGGAGACAAGAUGAGGAAGAAAGAAAACGGAUUGAAGAAGAGAAGGUGAGACAAGAGGAAGAGGAGAGGUUGAGGAGCCAAGAAGAAGCUCUUGAGAGGUUGGCUGAGGAGAAGAGACAAGAGGAAGAAAGAAAAAGGAUUGAAGAAGAGAAGGUUAGACGAGAGGAAGAGCAGAGGUUGAGGAGCCAAGAAGAAGCUCUUGAGAGGUUGGCUGAGGAGAAGCGGAGACAAGAGGAAGAAAGAAAAAGGAUUGAAGAGAAAGUUAGACGGGAGGAAGAGCUAAUGAUUUUGAGGAAGAGACAAGAACAGGAGGAGCAGGUUAGGAGAGAAGAACAAGAGCGCGAGAGACUAGCAGAGGAAAAGAAGAGACGAGAGGAACAAGGAAGAAAGAGAAUUGAGGAGGAAGAUAAACGGCAAAGAGAGGAAGAGGAAAGGAUUAGGAUGGAGAAAGAGAGGGUCCAGGAAGACAGGAUGAGACAAGAGGAAGAGGAAAGGAUCACGAGACAAGAGGAAGAGUGUAGGUUAGCCGAGGAAAAGAGGAGAAUGGAAGAAGAAAGAAUGAUUGAGGAAGAGAAAGUUAGAAAGGCGGAAGAGAGGAGGAGAAAAGAGGAAGAACAAAUGAGAAGACAGGAGGUAGAAGACUGUGAGGCAAAGAGGAAACUACAGGAUCAAGAAAGGAAGCAACAGGAGGAAGAGGAAAGGAUUAGGAAAGAGGAGGAGAGGCGACGGGUGGAAGAGGAGAGGGCUAGGAAAGAAAAGGAAGAAUAUGAGAGAUUGGCAGAGGAAAGAAGGAAACUAGGGCAGAAAGAAAGGGAAAGGAUGGAGGAUGAAGAGAGAAUUAAAAGGGAGAAAGACGAAAGGAUGAGGAUGGAGGAAGAGGAAGCAGAGAGGGUUAGGAGGAAAGUCGAGGAGAAGAGGAGACUGGAGGAACAGGAGAGGAGGAUAAUUGAGGAAGAAGAAAAAAGGCAAAGGGAAGAAGGAGAGAGAAUUAUGAAAGAGGAUAGGGCUAGGAAAGAAAAGGAAGAAUAUGAGAAAUUGGAAAAGAAGAGACUAGAGGAACAAGAGAAGAGGAGGAUUGAAGAGGAAGGGAAAAGUCAAAGGGAGGAAGAGGAUAGGAAGAGGAGGCUGGAGGAAGCUGGGAGGGAGAAAAGAGAGGAAGAGGCCAGAAAGCUGGAGACGGAAAAGUUAACAGAAGUACAGAAGAAAAAAGAAAAUACAACCAAGGACGGACACAAAGCUGCUGGGAAGAAACCCAAAGUGGCAGAGGAGAGUCCUGCAGAAGUCACCUGCACUAAUCCGUUUGAUGAGACCGUCUCUAAUAAUCCCUUCGAGGACGUCCCCGACUCACCUGCUGCUCCCGACAGCCGCGCCUCCCAAGUGUCAAAGGUCAAACAAGGAUAUCCAUCUGCUGUGUCAUCAGUGGGAAGCGAGACUCGUUCCACUGAUCAAAAGGACCUGAUUGGAGCUCAGCGGGACAAGCGACCGGCUCCUCAGCCUCCAAGAGGGAAUAUAGUGGAGAGUCAGAGGGAGCAAGAUGUCUCGAAACCACAUCAGGCACAAACUAACAAGCAGAGUAAUGACAAAGACGUCAAAACUGCCAGUGUGCUCCCUCAGCGUUCGGUGCAAGUAAUCGCUCCCCUGAGUCAAUCCCGAACAGAUAUGAAGAACCCCCAGAGCUCCAUGCAAAGUAGUGACGCCAAAGGAGCUGGAGGUGUGGCCAAAAACAGUAAACGCCCUGCACCAUCUAGACCUUCAGGGGAAGAGGAGCUGUCGUCUAAACCUAAAAGCCUCUCCGUUUCCCAAGGAGGUGGCCCAGAGACAAAACAAGCCCCUAUCGUUUAUAGCUCAAAUCCCUUCGACGAAGAUGAGCCCACAGCACAAGAUGAUACACAAACCCCCGGUUCAGUACACUGGCCUCCAGCUGCGUCCGAAGAUGCCGCCUCUCAAGCAAAACUCAAAUCCUCCAAAAUGGCCCAUGCUCCUCCACCUCCUCCCACAUCAAGCACUUUAGGACAACAAAACACCGACGGAGGCCACGUUACGGACGCUGCCGGUGUCGCUGCACCAGAUAAAGCUGCAAAGCAAACGCGUGCCCCACAGCCAGAGGUCAUGAUCUCUGCUGCCGUCCAGGACACGUCACUAAAAGAGCCGGAGCCUGCGAGAGCACAGAGCACUGCAGAGGUGACGGGUGUGAAAAAGGAAGGGCCUCCUACGACGUCACGCAGGCUUCAGCCGGUAAAACCUCUUAAUCCUCAGGAACAGAAAUCCGCCCCCGUUGUUCAGUCGGAGAAAAAUAACAACUCCACAGAAAUUGAGAAGAAAAGAGAAGUUCAGGAUAAAACAAAGGUAAAUGACAGCGGGCCCAAAGGACCGUACACCCAGCUGACUCAAAAGGAACUCAUCUCUCUGGUGCUGAAACAGGAGAAGCAGCUUUCCGAGAGAGACAAAACGAUAGCAGAGCUGGAGCUGUACAUCGACAACUUACUCGUGCGCGUCAUAGAAGAGAGCCCCAGCAUCCUGAUGUCAUUGAACUCUCUGAAGAAAACGGUGUAGGCGGAUUCACAGCCGAUGCUUUUAUUUCCAUCUGUAUAAUUAAUGUAAACCUGAUUGACAACGGUCCCACGACAGUAAACUUCACCUUGAAAUGGUUGCAGGAGUAGAAGUUGAGGUCUGAGUUCAAGUUCAUUGGAAAAUGAAUAAUAACGGACAUACAAUAUAUUUAGUAAAGGAAAUCUUGCAGUUCCUUUUUUCUAAAUAUUUAGUAAUAUUUUUGACACUUUUUUUACAUUAUGUACAUGUCCGUCUUUGUAACAACUUCUUGUUUGUAUUUGCACAUGUAUUAGUAAUAAUUAUUUUAAUGUCAAAUUCUGUGUGGUAAUAAAAACUUGAGUCUAUUAUUGAUUUCAUGACUUGUCUCUCUAUUUCAAGGCAAAACAAAUUUCAUUCUGUCUGUUUUCUCUCGUCUGUUAGCUUGUUGUUCACUGGUCAUAUGUCCAGUGCACACAAGAGCCUUAUUCUGCUGUUAACAUGAGCUUGUUAUGUAGAUAAAGUUUCCUGCUCUUGAACUGAAUGUCAAACAUGUAUGUGAUUCUAAACCUUAAAAGCACUUUAAUGAAGCUCAUACUAUUAACAUGGUUUAUACUGCCAUUCUUUACUGUACUGAGGUCACUGCUUCAUGGUCUUAAAAUAUGCAAAAUCAAUAAACGCAUGAUUAAACAA